UCCAAAAUGGAGUAAAAUCUAAACAAAGAUUUCUGUGUGAUGGAUUAAAUCUCUCUGUGGGGAUAAAGUACAAAAAAUCUAGUGGAAUAAACUGUGUGGAAUUGUUUAACAUGUUUGCCAUUAAGGGUAGGAAGCAGUCAGACCAGUUUGCUGGUCGGGAUAUAGCAGAAAAACGAGACAGAAGUGUAGACCGAGGUCGACAAAGUGCUUCUUCCAGUCCGAGCAGUAGAAACAACAGUGCUUCCAAUGUGCAUGAUUUCCAUCCCGAUGAGCUGCCUGACGGGGCAUGUAUUGCUCCACUCAGGGUCGUCACCAGGGACACUGAAUGCACAGCCGUGAGAGAGGCAGCUUACAUCGGUUCGUUUGCUGUGCUCGGGACGGAACAGGCAGCAAGAACAGAAUACGUCAGACAACAGCUCGAGGAAAUGAGGAACGUGACUAAAAGCAAGUCCAUCCUACUUGUGAUAUCUCUCUCAGGUGUUAAAGUCUGCAGCAGUAACGGAGACAAAGGGCAUUAUAGGAUACAGAGUGUCUACAUGGCCCACGCUAUGAAGCGGAUAUCAUACGCCACAUGUGAUCCAGAGUUCUGCCAGUUUUCAUUCCUCGCUCGGGAGCCGAAGGGACAGAUGAAUGUACAGUACUGCCAUGCGUUUAUAACAGAAUCACCAGAACAGGCCGAGGAGUUAAAUACAAUUGUAGGAAACGCUUUCAAAAUGGCGUACGCAAGUCAACGAAAAAAGCAGCCAACCUUUAACGAAUUGAUCGAGGAACAGUUGAAAAGGCAGAAGGCCAAACAAGAGGAGACAGAACAUCAAGCCAAACAAGAUCUUACGAAACGCUUGUCGCUGAUUUCCACGCCGACAGCGGCUGAUAUGGCGAACACACGGCGGGAGGCCAAGAAGCAACAAAGUAUUGAGAUCGAGGCUGAAAAAGAGGCCAACAGGGUUGUGGGGAAGAAUAAAGUCUGGGCCAAACAGGCAGUGCCAAAACAAAAACAUCGAGCAGGACUUCCCGAUGGUAGCAGCGAAUCGCCUCCUCCACCUUUAUUAAAACAGAUCGAACUCGAUCCCCCGCGAUCAUAUGGGUCGCCUGUAGUCUCCCUCAAGGAAAGCAUAGACAAUCAGGAGACACUGGCGGUCCAUCACCGUCUCGCAAGUCCGUCACAAUCAUUUGAUUUUACAAACGAUCGAAGACAAUCACAUGAGCAGUCUAGUCCGGUCACAACGCGUCAUCGCCAUUCUAGUGAUAAACAGGGUAGCCCAAAAGGAACGGAAAAACGUAGUAGUCCGCAUGGAACGGAAAAACGGAGUAGUCCACUAGGAUCGAAGGAACGAGGUAAUGGAAGUCCGUUAGGAACGAGGGAGAGGAGUAGUCCGAUCGGGACAAGGGAACGAAGAACGAAUGGUCAUGCUAACAGAGAGGAGGUGGAGUGUAUACAUCCUACUUUAGGAAGGAAAGGAUCAGAUCCAGUGUCACGGUCGUCCAGUAAACACACUGACAUGAGCAACAGACCUUUGCCGGCACCACCUGAUAAGGAACAAACACACUCUGACGGCAGCAGGCCCUCUAGCGGCCAACAGGACAACUACAGGCGAUCGUCAAGUGAUCCGGUUGUGCCGUUAACGUUGAGGCAUGGUGAAGGUCGCAGUGCUUCGCCAAGUGGCAAUCAGCGGUACCAGAAUGACAGUUCUCUUCGGAGGCCAGAAAAUGGUCACGAUGCUCCGCCCCUUCCAACAAGACUGUCCGACUAUGUUUGGAGACUUGACUCCCUGCGAAGAUAUGACGGUGCUGGUCCACUGGAUGACUCGACGCUCCGACAAGCUUCCUGGUAUCAAGCUGGAAUACCCAGAGAGAUUGCGUUGGAGAUUCUGUCGCAAGAAGAGAUUGGGUCAUUCAUUGUGCGUGACAGUACCACACACCCUGGUUGUUUCGCUCUGUCUGUUAAGGUGCCAAAGUUUGAUAAUCCAACAGGGAUCUCGCAUUAUUUAAUAACCCGCACAUCGAGAGGAGGAUACAGACUAAAGGGUUUGGAGAAAGAGUGGCCGAGCCUGAUGGCUUUAGUCAUCCACCAUACAGUCAUGCAAGAAAUGCUGCCGUGUACGCUGCAGUUGCCACGGAAUACGGCCAACCCGGCGUAUAAUGAAACAGAACGAGACGAAAAGGACGAGGACGAGGACUAUCAACGAUUGUCAGAUUUCACAUCCAUGAUGGCCGAUCUAAAGAUGGACAAUUGAUCCUGUGAUUCAUUAGACGAACUAAUUGACAGUAAUAAGUAAUUGAUUGAUUGACAGAGUUUUGUAGAUUUUGAAUCGCGAGGAUAUUCUGUGAUUACCGCUAUUUAAAUGAUUAUGAAUGAUGUAAUGGUAUUGCGCUGAGAGUGGUGUUCAGUGGUUUCUGGAAGUGAUGGACAUAUAGUGGGUUGAGGGUGGCAUUUAUAUAGAGACGUUAUGGAGGAUAUUGCUAGAAUGUGACAGGAAGUUAAGGAUGACACUUGAUAUGGAUGACAUAUCCAUUUAUGGUAAUGUGGCAAGACACCUGAUUCGUAGGUGGUCACAACAUGGAUUGUUUUUGUGUGGAUGGGAUGUUCUCUACUGAGAUGGACAGUGGAACAGUUCAGGAUCCUAAUCAUGAUGACGGACAUCGCCAUACUCAUGUUCAUCUCUUAGCAGACACCUCUGUAAGCUGGACACCAUGCUAUUAAGGACACUGAUUUUGGUACCAAAUUGGUCUUUUUCAUUCAAUUUGACCUCUAUAAUUGACAGAACGUCUCAGUCCCAAGGGUGUCCCUUGUUGAGAGGUUCUUCUGUACUGGUAUUGCUGGUAGUGGUCAAUGCUGGGUUCACCAGGAUCGCUGUGAGAAACAUAUGUUUUUCCUUUGCACGUCUUGGUCGAUGGGUCACGCGUUGUCAAGUGAGGUGAAUCUUAACUGACAUUUCCAUCAAUUAGCACCCAUGCAUUUAGAUUUCCAAAUGGAGUUACGUCAGUAUAGUUUAAUUGGUGUUAAUUGAUACGAUAAUGUGUCAUGCAAUUACAUGUACUGUUCCGUCAGAAUAUUGAUAUUUGGGAAGAUUACAGAAAUCAUGCAAUCAUACAAAUUUUCUGACAAUCUAGCCUCACGAUAUUGGUCCUUAGGAAUAUUGAGAGGAAGUUAAGUACUGAAAAAACAUUAUACAGAUUGUUAUAAAGGGUCAGUUGCCCUUUGCUGGACAAAUCAACAAAAUCAAAGUCAUGCAUUUCUUGUUGAUUGUCAGACAUUUUGGCUUGACGGUCAUAAAACAUCUCCUCAGGAGAAUCUUGGGUAUUUUACUUUUCAAGAUUGAAUGCCACUUUAUUUGUAAUUUUUGUCUGCCAAAUGUAAUCUAAUAUUGUGGUGGACGGCUUUUAGUCAUGGAUAUAUUAUUUAUGUUUGCUUAAAUAUUUCCAUAAUUAGGUUUUUAACAUGAUAAACAAGGGGUGUGUAAAAUUGCCAAAGAAGUAACUGGCUCUACAGUAAAGGUAUAAGAAAAAGGAACAGAACAUGUAUGUUAAAAAAUUUAAUAUUGUAAAAAUGUAAGUAUGUAAUUUUAUAUGGAACGCAGUAUAGUAUGUUCAUGGACCAGGGCUGCUGUGCACCUUGUGUAUAUAAUGUACAAGUGGUCUGGCUCUCGUUGACGUGGAGCCGAAUUAGAGGUAAGUGUUCAUAGUCUAGAGUGUAAACGUGAUGUUAUGUGUCGUACCUGAAGACGGAUACUGCCGACCUGUCAUUAGAGUUCCUUAAUAGAGGGCGGUACAUGCUCAGACGUAAGAAGAGGAUGACACAGAGACGGUCUUCUCCAGUGGCGUCUCUAUGCCUUUUGUCUCUUAAAGAACAAAGUCAGGGUGAUCAUGGGGAUUUAAAUACUGGGUGGAUUACAUUGACUGCCAACUACAAAAUUUUCACAGCAUUUUAUUUUGCUGAUUUUGCAAAUAUGCUGGUUUGGCAAAAAAAAUCAGGAAGAAAAAAAUAUGAUUGUAAAAAACGAGAAGAAAUCCACUAUAACAAUUUUCACAAAUUGCAGAAAUAAAGCGCUGUGAAAGUUUGGCAGUUUUCAAUUCUAUCAAUUAUGUAUAUUUGGUACCGCUUUUGGUGCUUUUAGGAUGUCACCUGCUUCAGCUGGUGUUGGUGUCCUUUAGUGUGACUAUCAUGUGAUGGUCAGGUUUCCCUUUAAAAGAUGAGACAUGCAAGUACGUCCUAGCGUUGGGCAGAUGAAAGAUGGCACCAACACCAGGCUUCAUUGACAUCUGUUUAUAACAUUUCGUACCCAAUCAAGGAUUAGGAUCAUUUUGUUUCUGUUGUAAAUAAUAUUCUAAUCCUUUAUUAUUUUGCUUUUCCCAAAGUCUUGGUGCUGCAAAUAGGACAAGAUUUUGUGCCUUGAAUAAGAUUAUUGAAUAAAAAUACAAUUAAUAUUA